AUGGAUUGUCUUCCAGAUGAGCUUCUUCUCCAAAUCUUGGCCAUUUUAUCUACCAAAGAAGCUGCUUCAACAUCACCUCUCUCCAAGAGGUGGAGGACUCUGUUUGCUAUCCGGGAUAAUCUUGACUUUGAUGAGUCCAUCACCUCUCUCCAAGAAGAAGGUAAAGGGAAUAAGGACGAUAUCCGAAAGAGUUUCAUGCGUUUCGUGGACAGAACAUUGGCUUUGCAAUUGGAAAGCAAUGUCCCUUUAAAGAAGUUCUCACUAAACUGUGAUGAUGGUAACGACGAGGAUCAUAUUGACCGCUGGAUAUGCAGUGCCCUUGAACGCUGUGUCUCUGAGCUUCACUUAAGCAUCAAACCACGGUAUGAUGCGUGUAUGUUUCCAUCCGGAGUAUUCACCAGCACAACUCUUGUUAAGCUCUCAUUGGGAACAAAAAUCAGCAUCGAUCCUUUACCUAAGGAUACAUCUCUCCCAUCACUAAAAGUUCUCUUCCUUGAUACAGUUUGGUUUGAGGGGGACGAAUUCGCUGAUGUGUUAAUCCCUGCUUUCCCUUUACUUGAGGACUUGACCAUGCAUCACAAGGAUUUUCCAGGAAUGCAAUACUUCAUAUCUAGCGAAACCAUUAAGAAGGUCUCCGUUGCUCAUGACAAUGCUGACUUUGAUGAUUCGUGUAACUUUUUUCAAUUUGACGUACCGAAUGUUGUCGAUCUCUACUAUUCUGAUUAUGUUCAGGGAAAGUCUCCAGAAUUUAGUUUUGAUUCACUUGCCGAAGCUACACUUGACCUUCAUUUCUUGAAAGAUGUUUCACAUCUUAACACGGAUGUGACGGAUCUCAUCAAGGGGAUACGUAAUGUCAAGAAACUUCACUUGACUUCUUCUGCUGUUAAGGUGAUUUCAAAAUGCUGCAAAGGUGGACUUCCGGUGUUCAACAACCUUGUUGAGUUAGUGUUUUCAAGUACCAAGAAGCGAGGUUGGGAAAAGUUGCUGCCACUUCUGAUGGAUCACUCUCCAAAUCUUGAAACUCUGAUUCUCACGGGUCUGGAUAGUUUCUGUGGAUUUGUAGGGAUUCGCGUUCCCUUAAAUAGCCGAGUAAAGAUGAUCGAUGUGAUGCAAUUUCAUGGAAGUGCAAACGAGCUAAAACACAUCAGCCGACUAUUACAGAAAAUGGAGUGUCUUGAAUUUGUGAGAGUUUAUGUUUCACCUGCAAUGGAUGACCCCUACUUGGUGCACCGACUCACAGAAGAUCUACAGCGACUCAGAGAAGAUGUGAUGAAGCUUCGAGGAGCUUCAUGCAAGCUCAAGAUGCAAGUCAUAUGUGAUCAUCUUCAUCCAUAA